AUGAAUAAUGGAUAUGUUAAAAAAUUUUUUUUUGUUUUAAUUUUGUUCGGAUGUCUGAACAAUAAAGUCCUUACAACCGAGUAUAUAGCAGACAAUGCUGCUUCAUACGAACCGACUCAGCCCAAAGCGAUUCGAAUAAAAAUAACUUUAUCCCAAGCAAUUCCACACCUAAAAGAUAUAUCAGAAACAUCUUCAUCCGGAACGAUUCGACCCAAAAGGCUUCGACCCAAAAGGCUUCGAUCCAAUAGAGCUCGAUUAAAAACAACUCCAUUUGAAGGCGUAUCAUCUGAAGUAACUCCAUUUGAAGCUGGACCAUCUAAAGCAACUCCAUUUGAAAUGGUUUUACCCCAAGUUGAUUCAACUAACUCUCCUUCACCUUAUAUUACAUAUAUUCCUGUUUCAUAUAAAUUGGAUAGAAUAUAUAAAAAAAAUAAGCACCUAUUAUGCAAUAAUCCCACAGAAAUAAAAAAAGCAACAGCAUCUAUGGACCAAGCUGUAGAUCUUUUAAAAUACUAUGCUACAACUAACAACGGUUUCAAAUAUUAUAGUACGACGACUAUUAGUGGCGUAAAUCUAUAUUAUAGGAAUAAUGGAAAUGGUUCCUCCAUUGAAAAAUGCCAAUUUCAAAUUUAUAAUCCCGAUAAGUAUGAUGAUAUAAUAAAUACACUGUGGGAUCCAAAUGGUCCCAGAAAAUUCGAUCGAAGUCUUAUUAAUGGAAAAGCUGUUCGCUUAUACAAUAGAAAUUUGUUAAUGAUGCUAAGAUUAUACAAAAAUGAUAUGUUAUUAUCCGAAAGAUAUUUUUAUGCUUUAGCCAAAAAAGUUCAUAUAUCAGAAGACACAACUAUAAUUGUCAUGGCUUCAGGAAAUGUAAAUGAUAGCAACCCUUACACUUCGAAAUUAUAUGUAAACAAAAUUGUAAACAAUAUAAACUCAUUCAAAACAAGUGUUGAUAAUGACAAUGAUAUUAUGACUGGAAACUAUAAAAGGUCGUUUGUUAACUUAUCUGGAUUCCUCAUUAAAAAAAAAAACGAUCACGUUGAUGUUACCUUUGUCAACUCGAUGGAUUUUAAUAUUAUGAUUCCCAUAAAAAUGUUUAUUAGAGAUGCAAAUAUGCAAGCACUUAUGAAUGUUAUAGCCAUGAAACACUAUUUUAAUCGUAAAUAA